GCCAAAAUUGCUAGUGUUGCAGGCACAUUUGGCCGAGUUUUGGAAUGUUGGGACCGUCAAAAUCGAGAAUAUGUCGCAAUUAAGGUAGUUAGAAGCAUACGAAAAUAUCGUGAUGCAGCAAUGAUUGAAGUUGAUGUUCUUGAACAUCUAGCUAAGAAUGAUAAAGGCACCUCACACUUUGUGCAGAUUCGGAACUGGUUUGAUUACCGUAAUCACAUUUGUAUUGUAUUUGAGAGGCUUGGACCAAGUUUAUUUGAUUUUCUAAAGAGAAAUAAAUACUGCCCAUUUCCUGUGUAUCUUGUUCGGGAAUUUGGACGUCAGCUUUUGGAAUCUGUAGCAUAUAUGCAUGAUUUACGCUUAAUCCACAGUGACCUGAAGCCAGAAAAUAUUCUUCUUCUAUCUUCUGAAUAUGUAAAGCUUCCUAGCCGUAAGAGGAGUUCUUCAGAUGAAACAAAUUUCAGGUGCUUACCAAAGUCAAGUGCCAUUAAGCUGAUUGAUUUUGGUAGUACUGCAUUUGAUAAUCAGAAUCAUAGCUCCAUUGUUUCCACGAGGCAUUACAGAGCCCCUGAGAUUGUUCUAGGUCUAGGUUGGAGCUAUCCGUGUGAUCUGUGGAGUGUUGGCUGUAUACUUAUCGAAUUAUGCACGGGUGAGGCAUUAUUUCAAACCCAUGAAAACUUGGAGCAUUUGGCGAUGAUGGAGGGGGUUUUAGGACCUCUUCCUGAGCAUAUUACUCGAAGGGCUAACCGGGGUGCUGAAAAAUAUUUCAGGAGAGGCUCUAGACUAAAUUGGCCUGAAGGAGCAGCAUCUAGGGAGAGUAUUAGAGCUGUUAAGGAGCUUGAUCGUCUGAAGAAUAUGGUAUCACAUCAUGUGGAGAGCUCAAGAUAUUCACUGGCCGACCUGUUGGAAGGUUUAUUGAAAUAUGAUCCAUCCGAACGUCUCACUGCACGCCAGGCUCUGAAUCAUCCCUUUUUUAGGUACCCAAGUUAAGUGGAAAGAUUAAAUUAAUGGUUUCGUAGUGCUUGGAUAUAUGUUUAUGGGAGAGACAAAUGGCGAAGGCCUGAAAUUUUGAGAUUCCCUUUGUAUGUGUA